CUGUAGUUGCACUUACCAUCAGUAGGUAUUCGUCCAUACACUCUCUCAAAAUGAAAGCCAUACUGCUUUUCGUCUGCUGUUUAGCAAUCGUUGCCACGGCCUACGGAAGAACGUUCCCACGGAGUGGUCUCGCUCAUCUGGAUCUAAUUCAGGCACGACCAAGCGAUGGUCCUCAUCUCUCACUAACCGAAGGGCUGUUCCAGGAAUUAAAAAAGGUCCUGGCCUACAUCGCCAAGGCCGGAUUAGAUGCUGUUCACGAGUUUAAAAAGGAGCUGGAUCGCUUGAUGGAAGAUGUUGCCAAGAAAGCGGAAGAGUUGCUGCAGUUGGCCAACGGAAGCAUCAACGAUUAUCUGCAGGAGGCGAAACAGAACUUGACCGCCUACGGAGAUCAAGUAGCGGAAUGUGUGGUUCCGGCAGUUGGUAAACUAGAGAAAAUCGCAGCUAUUUCUCAAGAAAACUCCAAAAAGUGCUACGACGAUCUCAAAGCACGCGUCAAAAUUUUGGGCGAUAAUGCGGCAGAACAUGUGUCUUUCGAGGUGGCCAAAGUCGAGGAAAUCCAACAGAUUGCAGCUAAUUGUGAGGCUGAGAAUACCAAGUUGGUGGAUAAGGUGAAAUGCGUUUUGGAUCAUUUUGACGAGACUACAGCUAUUGUGCAGGAGAUGAUAAGCGAUGUUGGAAAACUAUUGGCUGAAACAACCCAGGAACUAGUUUCGUUGACGAAUGAUACCAGAGGUUGUCUACUAGAUGUGGUACGAAUGUCGCGAAACGAAGUGGAUAAGGUUCUGAAGGAGGUGCACGAGUGCCUGCACGAGCAGAAUACGGUACCAUCGCUUUAAACUGAUAGGCUUUCAAAUAUAAAUAUGAAAUCGUCGACAUUAUGGCAUUUUCAAA